CUUGCCGUUGCGGGGGAGCCCGGAGGGCGGACAGGAAAGAAAGGCUUUUUACUUUGCUAGCAGAAGCUUGGGUUUCUGAGUUCAGACAGGUUCCGGGGCGCUGGCCGGCUGCGCGGGCUUUGGUGCGACAGGAUUCGAGACCUGUUGCAGCCCGUCCCACCCCGCCCUCGCAGGCUCGGCACCUGGGGCCCGGGAGGCGCGGCCCGGGCGGGACUGAGCUACCCUCCGCCGUCUGACGCGCAGGUGACUCCCCACCUCCCGCGCCCUCCGCUUCCUGGCAGGCGAACCUUUGGCGCGGGCGCGGCUGCGCGCGGCUCCCGGGCCCUCCCAGCGAUCCCUUGAGGCGCUGCACGAAUGGACAUUUGAAAGUGUUGUUGUCAGAGGUUUGCAAGCAUGGAGACCUCUUCAAUGCUUUCCUCCUUGAAUGAUGAGUGUAAAUCAGACAAUUACAUUGAACCUCACUACAAGGAGUGGUAUCGAGUAGCCGUGGACACGCUGAUUGAACAUGGGUUAGAUGCAUACCAAGAAUUUCUUGCCACGGAACGAGUGUCGGACUUUCUAGCUGAGGAAGAAAUCGCUUAUAUUUUGAAAAAUGUUCAGAAAGUUGCACAAAGCACAGCACAUGGUAAUGACAAUUCCUAUGAUGAUACUUCAUCUUCUGGGACUUACUGGCCUGUGGAGUCUGAUGUGGAAGCUCCAAACCUUGACUUAGGCUGGCCCUACGUGAUGCCCGGACUCUUAGGAGGCACCCACAUAGACCUCCUCUUUCAUCCGCCAAGAGCGCAACUACUUACGAUUAAGGAAACUAUUCGGAAGAUGAUAAAAGAAGCAAGAAAGGUCAUCGCUUUAGUGAUGGAUAUAUUUACAGAUGUGGACAUUUUCAAAGAAAUAGUGGAGGCGUCAACUCGAGGGAUAUCUGUAUACAUUCUGCUUGAUGAAUCCAACUUUAGUCAUUUCCUAACUAUGACUGAGAAACAGGGCUGUCAAGUUCAACGUCUUAGAAAUAUUCGAGUGCGGACAGUAAAAGGCCAAGAUUAUCUUUCCAAAACAGGAGCAAAAUUUCAUGGAAAAUUGGAACAGAAAUUUCUGUUAAUUGACUGCCAGAAAGUUAUGUAUGGUUCCUACAGCUACAUGUGGUCAUUUGAAAAAGCUCACCUCAGCAUGGUCCAGCUAAUCACAGGACAACUUGUCGAGUCCUUUGAUGAAGAAUUUAGGACGCUCUAUGCCAGGUCCUGUGUCCCCAGCUCCUUCGCUCAGGAGGAGGCAGCGCGGGUGAAGCGCGGCAAAGCCUUCUGGGAGAACGGCACGUACCAGCGUUCCGUGUCUUCCUUCGCUUCCGUUUCCAGCCAAAGAAACCUUUUCGGUAGACAAGACAAAAUUCAUCACCUAGAGUCUAGUUACUUCAAAAACAGAGGGAUGUAUCCUCUCAACGAACACGACAAGUAUAACAUAAGAAAUCUUGGCUACAAGCCUCAUUUUGUUCCCAACUUUAACGGGCCAAAUCCAGUCCGUCCGCUUCACCCCAGCCAGAUGAAUGCAAACUGGAAGAGGCACAGCUAUGCUGGGGAACAGCCAGAAACAGCACCGUACUUGCUGCUCAACCGAGCCCUGAAUCGAACCGGCAAUGCUCCUGGUCAUUGGAAAAGGCCUUCGGAUAGUCUCAGUGUGACGUCCUCGUCACGGGGAGGCCUCGCGGGCCGCCAGAACACACCUGCCCAGAGUUUUGCCGACCGACUUGCCCAGAGGAAAACAACGAAUCUUGCAGAAAGGAAUUCCAACGUGCGGAGGUCUUUUAACGGGACAGAUAAUCACAUCCGCUUUUUGCAACAACGCAUGCCAACCCUUGAACACACCACAAAGUCGUUCUUGCGUAACUGGAGAAUUGAAUCCUACUUAAAUGAUCAUUCAGAAGCUGCACCUGAUUCGAACGGAUCAGCCCUGGGUGACCGGUUCGAGGGCUACGAUGGGCCUGAGAAUGUGAAAGCCAGUGCUCUUUAUAAUCACUCUCGGCUUCGUUCCUCUCUUGUGUUUAAACCGACUUUACCUGAGCAGCAGGAAGUAAAUAGUUGUACAACUGAUUCCUCAAACUCAACUGUCAUUGGUUCCCAGGGAAGCGACACGCCUAAAAAGGUCAUAGAUGCCCCAACAGGGGCGCAGCAUCAGACAGACAAACCCUCGCAGGAGUUGACUCCCAGGGUGCCGUUGCAGUCAGAGGCACCAAAAAUGCAUACCUUGCAGAUUCCAGAAAGCCACCCAGCAGCCUUGCACCCAAAUACAAAUGGUCCUACAGAGUCAAACAACUAUUUAUAUACAACCUUAUGUGUAAAUAAGCAGACAGAAAACCUAAAGAAUCAACAAAAUGAAAAUCUGCUGAAAAGGCGAAGUUUCCCGUUCUUUGACCACUCAAAAGCCAAUUUAGAUCAUGGAAAUAGUAAACAUUAUGUGUACAGUACACUUACCAGGAAUCGAGGUAGACAACCAGAAAAACCCAAAGAGGACUUGCUAAAAAGUUCUAAAAGUAUGCACAAUGUGACCCGUGGUGUGGAAGAGGAAGAAGAGGACGUUGUUAAGAGAGAACCUCCAAGUGCAACUACUACUAAGUCCAUUUCCAUUGCUGCUUUGCUUGAUGUGAAUAAAGAAGAACCCAACAGGGAACUCACUCCCAAGAAGGAAGUGAAGGGUUCCCCAAGCUUUUUGAAAAAGGGAUCUCAGAAGUUAAGGUCAUUACUUAGCCUUGCCCCAGAAAAGAAAGAAAAUCUGUCCAAAAAUAAAGCACCUGCCUUCUAUAGAAUGUGUAGUAGUUCUGACACUUUAGUCUCUGAGGCCGAAGAGAAUCAAAAACAAAAGAAAUCAGAACCUAAAAUUGAUUCAUCUCCUAGAAGAAAGUGUUCUUCUUCAUCCAACUCUCAAGGCAGCAUCCACAAGAGUAAGGAAGAUGUAGCAGUUCCUUCAUCUCAGGGGGUGCAAUCGCCAUCUGAUGAAAAUAGCCAAGUCAUGCCUUCUUCCAGUCCAGUUGAAAGCAAAUUCUUAGAAAGAGCAGGAGAUGCUUCUGCACCAAGAUUCAACACCGAGCAGAUCCAAUACCAAGAUUCAAAGGAAAUUCAAGCCGUCGUCCCUGAAAGAAAACCAGCUUCUCCAAGACGAAAGCCCAAUGAUGAGCUUCUAAGAACUCAUUCAAUUGAUCGGCGCGUUUAUAGUCGUUUUGAGCCAUUUUGUAAGAUUGAAAGUUCUAUUCAGCCAACCAGCAGUAAGCCAAAUACCAGUACACACCGCCCAGAAAUAAAAUCCACAACUGUGGGCAAUAGUUAUGGGAGGUCCAGCCCGAUGCUUAAUUACAACACUGGUGUUUACCAUUCAUAUCAGCCAAAUGAAAACAAGUUUCGAGGAUUUAUGCAAAAGUUUGGAAACUUCAUACACAAAAAUAAAUGAAAUACUGUAAUUAUGAAAUAGAUGUUAAAGUACAAAAUGAAUGUGACUAUAAAUAUUUGUCCAAAAACCUUGUGGAUGGUUUUUUUAAAAUGCUAAUAGAUUUCAAUGAGGGCAGAAUUUUGGGUAUGAUGUAUAUGCCAGCUUACUGAUGUACAGUAAAGUUAUUAUUCUGAGUGAUAAAGUUAUUUGUGCUUAAUUACACUGUAGAUGGAAUAUCUAUAAGUACAUGAUUUUUAAAUUGUGGUGGUAAUACAGAUGUAAUGAAAUUGUUUUCUUCAGACUGAAGAUCUUCUUAAGUCUUAAAUGGAAAUUUUAGUGGAGAGAUGGUAUAUGGAUUUUAACCAUUCAUCACACACUCUUUCUUUAUUAAAAAGGAUCAUAACAUUCUCAGUGGUCCUUUAUGUCUUUAUGAGGUUUUCAUAUCUUCCAAUUAUGAGAAAAUAGGACAAAGCCUUUGUGGUUUUUAAUUACAUUAAAAUUCUACAGGAUAACUUGUAUUUUAUUAACGUUUUAUUAAUUUUUCUUUGGAACUGGUUGGGCAACAACAGUGCAAUUUAAACCACAUAGCUCAGCACAUUUUUUAUUUUUCCAGAGGCAGACACAAAAUAUCAGCCUCAGGUACUUAAUACCAGCCUCGGGUAGUUCAAGUACACCAUAGAAAUUUAUUUUCAGGUUGUGCUUAUUUUCACUCUGGACCAAGGGAACCUGUACUCCACUCACCCAUCAGCUGCUGAUCUUUUAUAGUCAUUCCUUCCUUCAAACUUAUGGCAAGUCAACAGGAAUUCGGAAAACCUGAAUUAUUUCUCUUCUUUUUCUAAUAUAAGGAAGCUUUUAGAAACAUAAAUCUCUGUGUAAAUUUUUAUCUUGGAUUAGUAUGACAAUGCUUAGGUGUUUUGCUUGCAAAAGUCUUUGCUCUUUUUUAUACUGUGACUGCCUAGUGUUUUCUUGAGAGUACCUUGAUAAAACUGAAGAGAACUGGUACCUGGCCUAGCUCUUCCAUGACCUUGGGCAUGGUUGAAAGUUUUACAUCUUUCUGUAUCUGAAUUUGAUGAUGAUAUACAAUUCAUAAGAUACUUUCUGCCUUUCUUAGAGUAAUGAAAUUAAAAACUCCAAAUCCAUUACAGAGACUAACUUGGCUUUGCUUCAUCCGCAAAGAACAAAAUUCAAGAAACAGUGCAUCAUUUGCAAAGUGGAAAGUAUUUCUAUGGCACUUUAAAUAUAUUAUUUAACACCUUCUAAGUUGCCAUAUGGGGCAGCAUGUUGUUUUAAAAAGUCAGGAUUCAGUCAAAUAUUAUCUUUGUCAUUCUGAAAUAAUUAAAAUAAUGACAUUAAAAUAUCUGUAUCAUUAAAAUAAUUUCCCAUAGUAUUUUAAAAUCAUAGUAAGAAAUGUGACAGGAUGAAACAUGCCAGCAAAAAAGAAAAACUAACAUUCGGAGCUAGAAUCUGAAGUCCCCACAACAAUAUUUUGAGUACAAUAUUUUAAGUACCAUUGUCUUCCUUAUCUAUAGGUGAUAAUUGAGAAACUGGGACUCAGAGAGGUAAUGCUCCAAUCCACACAACCAAUAAGUAAUGGUACUAAAGUGUCUGUAACACUGUUCCAUCAUAUUACCUCCAAAAUGUGUUCAACACUUGUCUCACCCACACUGCUGAGAAUUAAAUGAGAGAAUAUUUAUAUUUCCUGAGUCAACACCAAUCAACCCAAAAGGUUUAGUUGAAUUCUACCAGACAACAAAGGACAGGCAGAGGUUAAAAUAAUCUUAGUAGGUGAGUUUACUCUCUGAAUGUAACCUGGGAGGCCAGUUUUAAUUCCUAGGCAGCUAUUUUGAUCUCCUUCCGGUUGACCACUGAUGAUGAGAGGAAGGGGAAAGAAACGGGAAGUGAACCUGCCUGUAACCUGCCUUCAGGGUAGAGAAAGUCUUCGGCUAGGUCAGAAACUAGGCAGGGAGUGGAACCAAAUGUUAAAUUCAUUGUCUCAAUAAAUAUUCAUCAUCACCCCUGCCAUUAGUACCUCCUUUUGGCAAAUGAGAAAACUAAGCCUCAGAGAAGUUAUAUUGCUUUCCAAGAUCUACACGGCUCCUAAUUGGUAGAACUGGGAUUUAAACACAAAGCCUGUAUUUUUAAUACUUUACCACCCCAUACCUUGCUGCCUUCUACUCCACUAUGCUUGAAGAAUCUUCUUUGAAAGUAGUUAUCUUUUUCUUUUGCUAUCUUGUUAACAGUUGUAGAAAUGUAUAAGUAACUAGAGCAACAACAUUUUAUACACCUAAAUCCAGACUAGAGUACUCAGUGUCAUGUAAUUCAUAAAAGUGAGUUGUAAACUCCCAUUGUAACAUAGGGAAUUUCUAAGUACUACAGCCUGGGAUUUUCCAAGUAUUACAGCAUGGGAUUAACUAUUACUGAGUGUUACAGUUUGGAAAAUUUACAAAUUUCCUAAAACUGUGAUAACAUAAAAAUACAAAAUAAGAGGGAAAAGUCAUUUGUCAUGAGAAAGGUAGUCAAGAAGAUGUACAAAAAACCUUGAUUUUUUAAAAAAUGUCCUUUGGAAUGAAUAUUUCCUUAUAAUCAAAUAAGGAAUUCAGUUGCACUAAGAAAAUGUUUCUGAUUGUUAGUGUGUUAAAUUUUAGAGUCACCUGGAAAUUGUAUGAUCUUCAUAGAUUAGUACCAGAUUAUUCAAAAGCAUUAGAAUUGAGGUCUAGUAAGUGAGAGAGAUUUUUCACUUUGCUCUUAGGAAAAGUCAUAUCUGUGAUUCUGCGCCAUAGUCCUUUAUCCGUUUAAGGCAGAACCUGGAGUUAACCAAAGCAGACUGACUUUAAUAUUACCCAUCCUUUGUUACUGUUAGAUGGGGCAUCUUUCAGAGCUUAGGGGAUAAUGGGCUAAUUGUCAUUAGACAGCUCUGAAAUUGGAAGUUCUGAAAUUUACAGCAGUGCAACUGAAAUUGCAUAAAGCUGAAAUUACAUAAAGACUAGAGUUUUAAUCAUGUUUAAUUACAUGCAAAAGCCUGUUCCCUUUUUGUACAACAGCUGCCAUCAUUUCUGGAAACACAGAUAGCUUUUAAGUAGUUCCUGAGUUCCUCCUCUCCCUGGUAGAGUUGGAAGCACAGGCCUUCAUUUCACCCACCUGUGAUGGGUAGCUUGGGCUUUUUCACAGAAGAUUUAGUCCCCUCUGCCUUUUUUCUUUGAUUAUUUUCCUUCUGUUUUUUUCCUCAAAAAAUAUCCGUAUGUCAGUACGUAUAUGCAGUAACUUUCCAAAGUUUCUGAGGCUGAAAAACUCCCCAGGCAAGCACCCCAUGAGCAAGCACUGAAUGCUUCAGAUAAUCUACUUGGAGUUUGGAGUUUUCCAAAAAUACUCCCAGACUUCGUGGAUAUAAUAAUUUCAAGCACUAUAUUUUCUUUUACUCCCCAUGUUAAUAUCAGUGGAAAGAUAAUGUCACUUAGAGAUACUUUCGUAUUAAAGUUUGGUUAGGCCAUUUUUUCCCUCUACAUAGCAUAUUGGUUUGUAAGCAGAAACUCAAGAAAUUAGGUACAAUCUGAAAUGAAAGUAGCUCUUGGCAGAUCAUUUCAGAAUAGUUUAAGUGGCUGUAUCCUGAAUACAUUGGUAUCCUUCUGUUUCAAGGACUGGGAUUAGCCAAAAUCCCGACUUGUUGUAUUGAGGUCUGAGUAUAUGAUGGCCCUCUACAUUUGUGGAAGCAAAUUAUUUAAUCAAGAGGGCGUCUAGUGUGAUCCAGAGGACAAGGAGGAAAGUUGAACUAUGGCUGUCCUCAACGAAAACCUUCCUCAAGACCAUCCAGUUAUUCCACUGGUGCUUGUCUAUUACUAUUCCGCAGAUGUUUGUCUUCUGUGAAUAUCUGUGGAUUCUUAAUGUGCCUAAGGUUGAAGGGUGUAAAAGUAGAAUCAUUGUCUCAUGUAAUGUGUGACAUACAUGUGAUGCUGUUAAAAAAAAAAAAGUUUAUCAAAAUGUUCAUUUUGGUUCUAGAAUAUUUCAAAAAGAAAAAGAUGAAAUUAUACACCAAAGAGAGUCAACUUUUUAUACAUAAGCAAUGCUAGCAAAUAAAUAUACUUCCAAAUUAACUUUUGUUAAGUCUGA